AUGGAAAAAGACCAUGUUGUCAAAAGCGGGCUGAAACUGAAGAAAGGAGACAUUUUCAAAAAGAAAAAGAAAACGUCAGAUAUUAAACAAAUCGAUAUGACCAUCAAAAGGUAUUUUUACAGUUCUCUUCUUUUUCUCACUUUUUUCAUCCAGAAAUGAAACGACUAAGACGACUACAACUAAAACAUCAGCUGAGCUCAAGUUUGAGCAAAGGAAGCUCGCAAAUAUGGUCUUUUUCCGAUUUUUAAAUGAAUCUUAUCAUUUUUUUUCAGACUGAAAAGAUGUUGAAAAAAGCGGCUGUGAGCCACCGCGAGAAGGUCGAGCGGUUUAACCAGCAGAUGAGUGAACUGACGGAAUUCAACGACAUCCCGAAAGUGUCCUGGACCAAAUAG